CCCCAAAACCAUCCUACUCUACCCCAUACCAAACCCUCUCCCUCUCUAAAAUAUGGGAAACUACGUUUCAUGCAGUUUUAUCUCUCCUACAAUGAAGAACUCCAAAUCAGCCAGAGUAAUUUUCCCCGGCGGCGAAAUCCGGCAGUUCCGCCACCCCGUCAAGGCGGCGGAGCUCAUGCUCGAGUGCCCCACCUUCUUCUUAGUCAACUCUCGUUCACUCAACAUCGGCCGGAGAUUCUCCGCUCUCGCCGCCGACGAAGACCUCGAGUUCGGAAACGUCUACGUCAUGUUUCCGAUGAAGAGAGUGAACUCUGUCGUCACCGCUGCUGAUGUGGCGGUGUUUUUCAUGGCGGCCAACUCGGCCGCCAAGCGGAUCUCCGGCGGAACCGUCAGAAUUUCGCCGGCGUCCGGUGAUGUUUCGGAAAGUGUAGCGGCGACGGUGACGGUGGAGUUUCCGGUGCCGGAGUUUCAGCACCGGUUGGCGGUGUGUAAGUCAAGGAGGCCUGUGUUGGAUACAAUUACAGAAGAGCCUCUUUUUUUCAAGAUGAAAAUUUGUAGUCAUGUUAAGGGUAGAAAUGGAAAAUCACUUAUUUUUAUUUUUGUUGAUCUUACUUAUUAGGGUGCUUCUGUUACACACAAUAAAUUUUCCGUUACACUUGUAUUACAAUAGUUGUACAUUAGGCAAAAAGUACUGUACAAAUGGGUGUAAUAAGAAAUUUGUUGUGUUAAGAAAUUUAUGAGGUGUGACUUCAAAUA